AUGUCGUCGUCUCACUUGUUAUCGUCUCACCAACAAUUGGCUCGUCCGACAGAGAUCUAUUUCGUGUUGGAGUUCAAUGAAGGCGAUGAGUUAUUUACCAAGGUUUCGAAAGGGAGGUUCAGUGAGGAUCUCACCCGCAAGUAUUUCCAGCAGCUUAUCUCCGCCAUAGGGUACUGCCACUCACGCGACAUUUUCCACCGUGAUUUGAAGCCAGAGAAUCUCUUGCUUGAUGAGAAUGGGAAUCUUAAGGUCUCCGAUUUCGGACUCAGUGCCGUCAAAGACCAGGUCAGCCCUAAAAUACUAAAAAUUUUAUUUGUCCCAUCAUGGUUUGGAUUUAUAGUUGCAAUUCUAGCUGCAGUAAAACUUGCAAUUGAUGCUGCUGUAAUUGUUGUAAAGGGCUAUAAAAUUGUAACAUCAGUGCCCAUAAUCUUGGUUGCAGAGUUUGAAAUCAUGGCUUGCAUAUUCACAAAAAAGGUUCUGUUUGCUUUACGUUCUUAA